GAAGUAUAAACACCAAAACGAAAGUACAGAAUGACUGAACCACUUACUGAACAGCAGCGGAAUAAUGUAUAAUACAGGAUAAAAGGCUAGAUAUGGUCAUUAUUGUGAGAUAACAUGGCCACUGCCACCAGCCAGGCACAGGAACUCAUAACCUGUGACCUUUGUGUCAAACCUGUCCAGCAAUUCUGUAACAGCUGCCAAGUCGGUCUGUGUGAAGACUGCAUCAACAAACAUGUCAAGAGCCUCAAGUCCAUGAAGCAUGACAUUGUUCCUUUCACAAAGCGUACAGUACAGCUUGUGUUCCCUCAGUGUACAUCUCAUUCCCACCAGAGAUGUGAGGCCCACUGUCAACAGUGUGAUGUCCCGGUCUGCAUCAAAUGUCUCACUGGUCAACAUAGGGGUCACAUGUCUGAAGACAUGGCAGAUAUAAUUAUCAAAAUCAAACAAAAAAUCAAAAGAGAAACUGAACAAAUUGAGGUCAUUAUUCCCCAACACAGAAAAAAAGAUAGAGAAGCUGAAAAUAAAAUUUCCAAUUCCAUGGCCCACUUUGUACAACUAGAGAAACAAGCUAAAAAUCAAAGAAAACACUGGCACCUAGAGGUGGACAGCAUCUUUAACAAAAUGGAAUCCCUGAUCCAGUCACUCAGAGAUCGUCAUAUUACAACUCUAAAAUCAUGCCAGUCCAAACUCAGAAGUCAGAAUUCCACUAUGACCAAAACUGUUCAAGAAAACAAAGAAAUUCUGAAGUCCAACAAAGUGUCUGAUGUCAACAACUACCAAUCUAAACUGAAGGAAUACAGGAAUAUUCCACAAAUACCUGAUUUACCAUUGCCUUCUCUUCAAACUAACACAGUCCAAGGUAGAGAACUCAGCAUAGAAUUAGGAGAAUACAAGGCUACACUGACACAGAAAUCACUAUCCAGUCUGACAGAUGAAGUAUCCUUUUUAUCAGUUAAGAAAUUAUUAGAAGAAGCCAAAGUGAUUGCUAACAUUCCAACAAAUGUUAAAAACUUAGGUAGAGUGGCCUAUGUAGGAUCAGAUACAGCUUGGAUUAGUGGAGAAGACAAAAUGAUAACCUAUGUGGACAUACAUGGAGCUGUACAAGACACUGUCACCAGUACAUGUGAUUACUUCCCUGGUGACAUUACAGUGACCAAACAGGGAGAACUGAUUUACAGUGAUUAUAUCAAUAGAACUGUGAACAUUGUCAGAGAUGGGAAGACUGAGACACUGAUCACCACACCAAGGGGCUGGCAUCUAGAAGGACUGUGCUGUACCAGGUCAGGGGACAUUCUAGUUAGCAUGAUUACUACUGAAAUAAGUCGUUAUAAAAUAGUCCGUUAUCAGGGACAGAGAGUGACACAGGAAAUAGAAAAAGAUGAACGUGGUGAUCCAAUCUAUCAAGGAGGUGUACAUAUACUGUUUGUGGUGGAAAACAACAAUGGAGACAUAGUUGCCUCUGAUCACAAUGCUAGAGCAGUGGUAGUGGUGGACAGGAAAGGAAAAGUCAGAUUCAGAUAUAACAACAAACCUCCAGGGGGAACGAAAUCAUUCUCUCCAAGACAAAUAGUGACAGACUCCAUGGGUCACAUUAUUGUCACUGAUGAAUUCAAUAACUGUCUACACAUCCUAGAUCAGAAUGGACAGUUCCUGAGAUGUGUGGAUAAUUGUGGACUAGAGCGUCCUCAUGGACUGAGUGUGGACAGUGAGGGGAGGUUGUGGGUAGGGUUGUAUCUGUCAGGGGAAGUGAAAGUCAUCCAGUACAUGAAAUAA